ACCUGUGUGGUUGGCGGGUAGGAGCGCUAAGCAUAAGGAUCUACGCCACUAGUAAAGAUAGACGCCACAAACGAAGAAUGUCUGGACUAAGAAACUUCUUAGAUGCCAUCACCUCUGGGUCUUACAUAGAUGAUUCCAAUUUGGGGUCCCAUGCCGAGUUGUCAAUUGUGAAUAUCAUGGCCGAUGACGAGGAUGAAGAUUCCAGUGGAGAGGACGAGAUAAAUCAUAACAGAGAAUUACUUGUUUAUGUAAUUUGGAUGGAGAAUGAGAAUCUUCGGGGAUCGUCUCCAGAUUCCUGGACCAAUGACGAAGGUUCUACAAGCCAGCAGGCAAACAUAGAUUCAAAUGAUACUGAGGGUGAGGGGGAAUUACCUCAUGGGGAAUAUCAGAUGAGAAAUGAGAAUAUUCAGGGAUCACCCCCGGAUUGCUUUGCCGAUGACGAAAUUUCUACAAGCCAGAAGACAAGCAUAGAGGACAAUGAGAAGGAAAAGAAGCCUUCUCUUGAUUCAGAUGAUAACGACCGUGUGGUCGAAUUACCUCAUGGGGGAAAUCAGAGGAAAAGGAAACUUCCCGUACACGAUGACGAUGCUGAGAAUGCCAUUUCACUUGGUAGGGAAAAUAAGAAGAAACUGAAGCUUCCCUUUCAGUCCGGUGAAUACAACUUCAUUCGGGGAUCGUCUACCGGUUGCUCGGACAAUAACGAAAUUUUCAGAAGCCAGCAGGUGAGUGGAGAGGACAGCGAGAGGGAAAAGAAGCUUCCUCAUAAAUCAGGUGAAAAUGAGGAAAUGCCUCACGGGAAUAAUGAGAGUAAAGAGAAGCCUCCCCCGGGUGAAAAUAACUAGAUCCAGUCCAAACUGGAUAUGAUAGAAAUGAUAGAAGUCAUGUACUGUAUUGUAAAACUCCUUUAUGAGUAAGUAAGUAAUGUACUGUAUUGUAAAACUCCUUUAUGAGUAAAUAAGUAAUGUACUGUACUGUAAAACUCCUUUAUGAGUAAAUAAGUAAUGUACUGUAUUGUAAAACUCCUUUAUGAGUAAAUAAGUAAUGUACUGUAUUGUAAAA